AUGGAUCAUUUUAAUGGACAGACAUUUACCAUUUCGACUGUUCGAGAGUUCAUUGCGAGUUCUAGUUUAAACCAAGUUACCGCACAAAUUGCCCAAACAGAUCAAAAUAAAGCUACUACAGAAAAAGACGACUACAAGACCGUUGAUACGUUGCUGUUUUUCGUUGGCUACUCAAGAAGUCGUCAUACUUUAAUGGCUUCUCUGCUGGAUGCUCACCCUCACAUGAUCGUAGCUAACGAGAAGAACCUGUUUUACUGGUUGAGGAAUGGAGGAAAGUAUGAAAGGACCGAGAUGUUUGAUACUUUAAUUGAGGGUUCCAAAGGUUUUCUAAGGGGAGGCAAAGGAAUUGUGAUGGAUGGAAACCUUCAAAACACUACUCAUUUUGGAUUCUGGAUGAAAGGUUACUGGCAAGGGAGUUAUGAUAAAUAUAUUAAGGUCAUUGGCGACAAGACUGCCUGGAUAACUUCAGGAGUAUUUCGGAGCACUACCCCUGAAGAGUUAACAAAAUUAGUGGAUGAAAUCGAGAAGACAUACAGUGUUAAAGUAAAGUUUAUCCACAUGAUAAGGAAUCCGUUCGACAUCGUGUCAACGAUAACUUUACGCAACACCAAGCAGGAAGGCGGCAGGUUUGGAGACCAUUCCAAAAAAGUCGAUGACCCAAAACUGUUGGAGCAUAGCAUGGAGAGAUUUUUCAACUGGGCUCAAGGUAGUGCCGUCGCUAGAGAGGUCCUGGGAGACAAGCUCCUUGACGUAGAUGGUCUUGAACUCGUAAAUAAACCCGUAGAAUAUAUGACAAAAGUUUGUCGUUUUAUUGAAAUCACGUGUUCCGACGACUACCUCAGGGCAUGCGCAAAAGUUGUGGAUUCCACGCCAUCUACAACUAGAGAGUGGGUGGUUUGGAGUAAAGAGCAUUUGAACAGAAUGUAUUCUGAGUUCGAAAAGUAUCCUUUUUUAGCUCACUAUACAUUUGAUGAUUAACCAGAUAUCAAUAGACUAUAAGCUGUAAAACAAUAUCCUGAUGGAUAUUAAAUUUUCUGGCUCUCGUUACCAAGUCAGUGUGUAAAAUUUG